CUCUCUCACUAGAAAAAAAAAUCACAGUCUGGGUCUGCAGCUGGAACAAGAAAAUAUAAAAACCCUAACUUUUUUUCCUGUUUCUUACAAAUUUUUUUACAUUUUUUUUUUGCAGACUCAGAGAAGAAGAGAGACUUAUUCUACCUCUUCUUCAUUUUUUUUCUUCUUUCAUUUCAUUUCUAGGGUUUCAGAAAAAAAUCCCCUUUCUUCUCUCAUGUAAUUUUCACUAAGGUUUCAGAUAAAGAAAAAUGCAAAUCAAUCUGAAUCUAUUCUGGUUUCUGUAUGUAUUAUUGUUGAGUGGUGGUAGUAGUAGAUGUAGUAAUAGUAAUGGGGUUGGUGUUGGAGUAGCAGCAGGAGCAGGAGAAGAUGAUGAGGAAAUUCGUUCUCUGCUUGAAUUUAAGAAGGGGAUAAAUGAUCCACUUGGAAAAGUUAUAAACACAUGGAAUCGAGAUGGGUCGUCGUCAAAUGGGGGUUGUCCCAAGAAUUGGAAUGGGAUUGGGUGUGAUAUUACAGGUAAAUCUGUCACAUCUAUUGUUCUUGAAGGAUUAGGGUUAAGUGGUGAAUUAAAGUUUCAGACUUUGAUUGGUUUGAAAAUGUUGACUAAUUUGAGUUUAGCUGGGAAUUCAUUUUCUGGUAGACUUGUUCCUGGUCUUGGAUCAAUGUCUACUCUACAACAUUUAGAUCUAUCAGGGAAUGGAUUUUAUGGUCCGAUACCCGGUAGGAUUAAUGAGUUAUGGGGUUUGCUGUAUUUAGAUCUCUCCAAAAAUAGGUUUGAUGGUGGGUUUCCUACUGAGAUGAAUAAUCUGCAGCAGUUGAAAGUUUUUGAUGUGCAUUCUAAUAAAUUGUGGGGAGAUGUUGGUGAUCUGUUUAAGCAGCUGAGGAAUGUGGAAAGGGUUGAUUUGAGUCAGAAUUUGUUCUAUGGUGGACUUUCUGGGAAUAUAUCGACGUUGUCGAAUACUGUUAGAUAUGUAAAUUUGAGUCAUAAUAGAUUGAAUGGAGAGUUCUUUUCGUCUGAUUCGAUUCAGUUGUUUAAGAAUUUGGAAGUUUUGGAUUUGGGUGAUAAUCAGAUUUUCGGUCAGUUACCUUCAUUUGGUUCAAUACCUACACUUCAAGUUUUAAAGGUUGGGAAUAAUAAGUUACAUGGUCCUGUACCGCCAGAGUUGUUUGCGACUAUGAUUCCGUUGCGAGAACUGGACCUCAGUGGGAACAGAUUUUCAGGUACAAUUCCUAGUAUAAAUUCGUCGACUCUCCAGUCUUUGAAUCUUUCAUCAAAUUCAUUGUCUGGGUCUCUACCAUCUACUUUGGGAAGCUUGUUGGCGGUUGAUUUGAGCAGAAAUGCUUUUGUUGGAGACAUAUCUAUUAUGCAGAAUUGGGGGAGCACAUUAGAGUUUAUUGAUUUGAGUUCAAAUGCAAUAUCAGGAAGCUUGCCAAACUCAACGUUGCAAUUUGGAAGUUUGGUCUCUCUUAGAAUCAUCAAUAAUACUUUAACAGGUGGUGUUCCCCCUACAUUAGGGAAUUCUCAAAAGCUGGCGGUUGUAGACCUUAGUUCCAACCAACUUACUGGUUCUAUUCCAGGAAGCUUAUUCACUUCAAUGGCCUUGACAAAUCUGAAUCUCUCAGGAAAUCAGCUUACAGGAUCAAUCCCUUUUCAAGGUUCUCAUACGUCCGAAUUGUUAGUUCUACCGUCUUCUCCAGCUCUAGAAUCCCUGGAUCUGUCGAAGAACUCGUUAUCAGGUCCUUUGCCUUCAGACAUAGGUAAUUUGGGGAGGCUUAAAUUGCUAAAUGUUGCAAAUAACAAAUUGUCAGGGCAGAUACCAAGCGAACUGAGCAAGAUUGAUGGCUUGGAGUACUUGGAUUUAUCUGGAAACAACUUCAAUGGCAAGAUCCCUAGCGGGCUUUCGUCAAAUCUAAAGGUAUUUAACGUUUCCAACAAUGAUCUGUCGGGCCCUCUUCCUGAAGACUUGAGAGAUCGUUUCCCUACCAGUUCAUAUCGGCCUGGGAAUAGUAUGCUAGUUCUUCCAAAAGACCUGCCUACAGAGGCUCAUCUUAAUGGGGCUUCAAGGCAGACAGAUCACCACAGAGCACCAUCAUCUAGUGUUCGAAUAGCAAUUAUUGUUGCGUCUGUGGGAGCAUUAAUUUUGAUUGUGUUUGUUCUGUUCGCUUAUUAUCGUGCAAACUUCCAUGGAUAUUCUGGUGGAAAUGGAUUCAGCAGUGGAAAUACAGAAAGAAACGUUAAGUUAGGAGGAUUUACUCGUCCUUCCUUUUUCAGUUUCCACAAAACUGCGACGACACCUCCACCUACUAGUUCGAUGAGCUUUUCUAAUGAUCACUUGCUAAGUUCAAAUUUAAGAUCCUUGUCUGGGAAGAAAGAAUUGGUAACCGAAACUGUUGAGCGUAAUUUGUCGGGGCGAAGAGGAGUAGCGGAUCCAGAAGUUACAAAACCUGACACGUCCGAUAAUCCUCCAAUCUCUGGAUGGCGGUCUUCUCCAGGGUCUCCGUUAUCUUCAUCUCCUCGGUUUGCUGAAGCUUAUGAGCAACCUGCAAUGUUAAAUGUGUACUCACCAGAUAGAUUGGCUGGAGAGCUGUUUUUCCUUGACAAUUCAAUUGUAUUUACAGCUGAAGAACUAUCUCGUGCCCCAGCUGAAGUUCUUGGUAGAAGCAGCCAUGGGACUCUAUACAAGGCUACCCUAGAUAGUGGACACAUGUUGACAGUGAAGUGGUUGCGAGUAGGCCUGGUAAAGCAUAAGAAGGAUUUCUCAAAGGAAGCUAAAAAAAUUGGAUCUAUUAGACAUCCAAAUGUUGUUUCUUUAAGGGCUUAUUACUGGGGGCCUAGAGAACAAGAAAGACUGAUUCUAGCAGAUUAUCUUGUUGGAGAUAGCUUGGCGCUGCAUCUAUAUGAAGGAACACCUCGAAGAUACUCUCGAUUAUCCUUUCGGCAAAGACUAAAGGUUGCUGUGGAUGUUGCUCGGGGACUGUGUUAUCUCCAUGAUAAGAGCCUUCCUCAUGGUAACCUGAAGCCUACAAAUAUACUUCUGAGUGGAACAGAUCUUAAUGCUAGGAUCACAGAUUACAGUCUCCAUCGCCUAAUGACACCCGCAGGAACUGCAGAACAGAUAUUAAACUUUGGAGCCAUGGGAUAUGGUGCCCCAGAGUUAAGUAGUGCAUCAAAACCCCUGCCGUCAUAUAAGGCAGAUGUUUACGCAUUUGGAGUAAUACUCAUGGAACUGUUAACAAGAAGAAGUGCAGGUGACAUUAUCUCUGGUCAGUCAGGAGCAGUCGAUCUCACCGAUUGGGUUAGGUUGUGCGCUCACGAAGGUCGGGGAACAGAGUGUUUCGAUAGAGAAAUGAUUGCAAGUGGGGAGCAAACAUCUCAAAAAUCCAUGGAUGAUUUGCUUUCGGUAUCACUUAAAUGCAUCCUCCCUGUAAAUGAGAGGCCUAACAUCAGAACCAUAUAUGAGGAAUUGUGUUCUGUAUCUGUUUAAAUUUUUUUGUCUUCUGUAAAUGUAUCAUUGGGGAAUUAGUUUUUUUCUUCUCUUUCUCCUGCUGACUUUUGAUCAUUUUUCCUCCUUAGUUGGGUUUCUUUUUUUUUUUUGUAAGCCUUUUGAUGUUGGCUAAUCUUCUUCGUUUUGUCUUGUAAAGGGAUAUGAUUGAUUCCAUUGAUUGAUUGAUAUUAUUUGAGUUUUGAGCUU